CUUCCAGAUAGGGGUAGUGUGGGAAAGUGUCACCCGACCCGACCAGCAGACUGUAGACCAGACCAGGAAAAAGAAAGAAUAUUGACUAAAAGAAAGAUAGAAACUAACUGUAAUCAAUUACAAAUGAGAUACGGUGAAAAUCAACUUUGCGAUAUCUGAAAGCCACCUUGGAUAAACGCAACGUUUGUUCUGACACAAAGGUUUAUGCCAAGACGCUCCUCUCAAUGCAUUGGGUUCGGUGACAGCUUUGGACAGGAAUAGAGAUAGUGACGGGAGAACAAUGGAGAAUGGGAAGAACCGCCUGCAGCAGGCCCAGGAUGAGGUGGAGGAGGUGAAGGUGAUCAUGCUAGAUAACCUCAACAAGGCUGCCGAGAGGUCAGGCAAGCUGGGAGAUCUUGAUAACAGGGCAGACGAACUUCUGGAGAAGAGUAAAGCUUUCUCAAAGUCUGCUCGGAAAGUGAAACAGCAGAAGUGGUGGAAACACAUGAAGAUGAAAGUGUUGCUGACUGGCGUAGGGGUGGUCAUGGCAGCCAUCAUCAUUGGGAUUAUUGUAUGGUCAGCAUCUGGACCUGACGACGGAGAGCAACCUGCUGCAGGGCAACCCACCUCAGGACCUUAGGAUCCAAGACUGUCUGUCAGAGCAAAGGACAUGGAAGAAAUGAAGAUGGAGGAUGGAGAUGGACACAGGGGCAGGUGAGACCUCAGAGGAAAUAAGGAGUCAGUCAAGACAGAAAUAGUGGAGGUAGAUAAAGAGUGAGGUUUUCUAGCCUGGUCCCAGAUCUGUUUGUGCUUUUGUCAAAUACAUUGCUGUCAUUGUCAAGCCAAACAUUUGGCAUGAUAAUGAGUGACAAGAAGUUGGCAUGAUGAUGGCACAAACAGACUGGCACUCAAGCUGUAGGUUUUCCACCUGAGCUCAAACUAGGUUUUGUGGGUUGACUUUUCUGAACUAUGCAAUCUGUGAUAUUGUUUGUUUUUAGAGGCAUUUCAGGCUCUGUGAUCUGUGUGUAGAUCGUUGAAUGAAAUGGUACCAUCACCAGCUCAGCUGCUUCCCCAUUCGGUAUCAUCUUCAACUGGCCCUAGUUGGUCAGGCUCACUGGUUUCACAUUCAUACUCAGAAAUGCUUCAGCCUCACCAUGAGAUUUGGUAUAGGUGAAUGUUUUGUCAAUUCAAAUUAAUCAUAUUGUGCCUUUGGAGUGUAAAAAAUCCCCAUUGGAUGAAUUGUGUGACCGUUUCAAAGUAUUCAAUUUAAGCUGUAAGGGGACAGACAUCACAUAAUUAUAUUUCUCAUGAAAUGUUAUGAGUAAUUUCUUGUCAUAAUUUCUUCUCAUAAUUUCAUUAUUCGUUUUUACGGUCAAAAGAAAUAUAUGAAAAUGAACUUAAUUUUGAUAUGUACAUAAAACGCGGUUAUGUUUGAGGCCAAUUUGGGCAAUGCAGUGUGAAUAUUUAUAUUUAAUUUUUCAUUCAUUGUCUUACAGGUAAUCAAUGUGUACAGUAUAAAAAAAACAGUGCUGAGAAAUCACAUAUCUUCAGUUGUCCAAUAUCUGUUUUUUGUAUUUUAUAUUUGUUACAGACUUCCCUUGCCCCUUUGUUGUUUACUCUUGACUUACUGGUAUUUGAAAUAUAUAUGUAAAACUGUAGUGCAUUGUAAAAUAAAAGGAAUUGACCAGA